AUGGCUUUAAAGGAAUCCGGAAGAGCUAGCAUGCCGAUAGCUUUAAGAUACCUCCUAAGUCUGGCUCUACUUCCACUCGCGAUGGCCGACUUUAUACCCUGGCUGAUUGUCCCAGAAACGGCACCGACGCGUCAUCAACUCAUCAGCGGCAUCGGUAUACCUGUGGGUACCCCCGAAUCCAUCACCAGCGGAUGGGUCAUGAAGGCGCAAUACUUCCUACCCACCAAGGUGGACGAUCUCAAACCACAGCUUUGGGAAAACUGGAACGAUAGUCGGCGGGCACUGUCCAGACGUGAUCUUGCUGGAUUGAGUGCACCUGUGAAGAUCACAACUCUUCCAGUCGCAGGUGGACACGAACGGUACGCUGUCGACAAUGUGUCGAUGCGUGAGGAAUCGCUUGACGAUAGUUCAGAAGAACAGAUCUCCGACGACAUGUUUGACGAUGGAGAUGACAGCUACUGGAAGGAUGCCGAGGACGAACACAUUCUGCAGCAGGCGGACGAUACGUUGUGGCCGGAUGCGAAGGAGAUUGAACCGAGCCAGCUCGCUGGAUACAGUGCCGAACAGUCGCGCUGGACGACUUACAGGGCGAUGGAAAAGUUGAGCGAAAACUACGGACUACCGGGACGUCCGUGCGUGUUGCGCAGUGUGUGUGAAUCAGCUGCUGCACCAUUCACCCAUACCGGUGGCAUCUUUGCCGAGCUGUUGCAUAUAGUUUUUACUCCCUCGAGUACGGCGGAACCGUUGUCGGAACAUCGGGACAAUGAGUUCUUCCGGGCGGAACAGCUCGGACGCAGUGGAGCACCGUGUGAGCGUAUCUUUCCCGAGUGUGUCCACUCGCUGCUGGACAUCUUUACCGGGGUGCAUGAUUCGGAAUCGAACACGAUGCGGCUGCUGCAUGAUGAGGUGCGAGCUUUUCUUAUGCGGAAGUAG